CAGCAAUGAGAAGCCUAUGCCCUACGAUGAAGAGUAGCCCCUGCUCACCACAACUAGAGAAAGCCCGUGCACAGCAAUGAAGACCUAAUACAGCCAAACAAAUAAAUGAAUAAAUAAAUAAAUUCCAAAAAAAUCCAUUGGGUUAAUAGAAAAGGAGGCCUAUACAUUUUCUUUACAUAGGACACAUUUUGUUUCCAUGCUGCUGGAAAAUUUUCUUUUCCUUUAGAGAUCCUCUCUUUACUAUGGUGAUGGUAUGUUUUACUGAUGUCUAUUUUGGUACUUAUAGUUCAUCAAAAUUAUUUGCAGAGCGUGCUUUUCCUUCUAAUUCACAAAGACAGAAAGAGAAAGGAAGAAGAAAAUUGAGGUUUGUUGAAUCAUCUGCUACAUGCUUUUUGUAUCCUUUUUUUUAAUUAAAAAAAUUUAAAUUUCAACUUUAUUGAGGUAUAAUUGAUAAAUAAGAUAGUAAGAUAUUUAAAGUGUCCAUUGUGAUGAUUUGGCUUUAUGCUCCUUUCAUUCAUUAAACAAAUAUUCAUUUGUACAAGGGCAAGCAUAGGCCUAGGCAGCAGGAUAACCGCCUUCCAGUUGCCUGUAGCCAAGACCAGUAGACGUCUACAAGUUGGCAUGAUUAAUCCAAUGAGAAAGGAAGCACGAGGUGUCGUGGGAGCACAGCAUGGGAUCAUCUGACUCUGAUGUGUGGGAUCAGCAGUGACCUUGUAGAGAGCCCAUUGUGAAGCUUAAAGGAGGAAUAGGUAAGCCAGGCAAGGAGUAAUGUAGGGAAACCAUGAGGGAAGAGUGUUCUAGACAGAGGGAAGAGCAAGUAAAAAGAUCUGGGAGGAAGAAGAGGAGGAGGAGAAGGAAGGGAGCUUGUCACUCAUGUUAAAUGCUUUACAUAACCCAUCUCAUCCCCUGGGAGAUGAGAGUUAUUAUGCCUUUUUGUUUCAACAUUUCACCCCAAUGAUAUUUAAAUGUUUACUCUCUAACUUAUCACCACCUAAGGAAAGAGGUGCUCGUCUUACCAAAAGCAAUAAUCAAGGCUAAAAAGGGAAAAGUCAAGCUAAAAUAAUUUAAACUUUAGACGCUAAUCAGAAAGAUGCCUAGAGCUUGGUAGGAUGCAUACUCAGUCUCUUGGGGUGAUAAAGCAGAGCCGUUUGUGCAAAGACAGGGAACCCUGCAGUGAUUUGCACUUCCUGACACCAGGGCAGCUAAUUCACCUUUAUGACCUGCCAGCCUCCAUUGAUUUUGUCUUAACUCUGUCUCCUUUGUGAAAUAAACCAGCUUUUUAAAUGUUGGAUUUCACCUAAAUUCCUGGAAAUCUGCUUAUUUAUUUUGGUUCCACCUUUAGCUUGGUGUAUAUUCUCUUCCUUCUCUAAAUCAAUGACCUGUUUGGGGUCUGCCCUUCUGUAUGUGCUGCAGAGGAGGGGAGCUCAGCAGCGAUGACAUCCGAGGCUGCAGCUCAGCCCCAGGAAACUUCGCCGGCUAUAACUGUGGAGGCUGCAAGUUUGGCUGGACCGGCCCCAACUGCGAUCAGAAGAAACCCCUGGUUGUCCGGCAGAAUAUCCACUCCUUGACCCCUCAGGAGCGGGAGCAGUUCUUGGGCGCCUUAGACCUCGCAAAAAGCACCCCUCAUCCCGACUACGUGAUCACCACGCAGCACUGGCUGGGCCUACUCGGGCCCAAUGGGACCGAGCCACAGAUCGCCAACUGCAGCAUUUAUGAUUUCUUUGUCUGGCUCCAUUAUUAUUCCGUUAGAGAUACAUUAUUAGGACCAGGGCGCCCAUACAAGGCUAUAGAUUUCUCCCACCAAGGACCCGCCUUCGUUACCUGGCACCGCUACCAUUUGUUGUGGCUGGAGAGAGAGCUCCAGCGCCUUACUGGCAAUGAGUCCUUUGCUUUGCCCUAUUGGAACUUUGCCACCGGCAGGAAUGAGUGUGACGUGUGUACAGACCAACUGCUCGGGGCAGCAAGACAAGACGAUCCAACUCUGAUUAGUCAGGACUCCAGAUUCUCCAGCUGGGAAAUUGUCUGUGAUAGCUUGAAUGACUACAACCGCCGGGUCACCCUGUGUAAUGGAACAUAUGAAGGCUUGUUGAGAAGAAAUCAAGUGGGAAGGAACAGUGAGAAAUUGCCAACUUUAAAAGACAUACAAGAGUGUCUGUCUCUCAAGAAGUUUGACAAUCCUCCUUUCUUCCAGAACUCUACCUUCAGCUUCAGGAAUGCCCUGGAAGGGUUUGAUAAAGCAGACGGGACCCUGGACUCUCAAGUGAUGAGCCUUCAUAAUUUGGUUCAUUCCUUCCUGAAUGGGACAAAUGCUUUGCCACAUUCUGCUGCCAACGAUCCUGUUUUUGUGGUCCUUCAUUCCUUUACUGAUGCCAUUUUUGAUGAGUGGAUGAAAAGAUUCAAUCCCCCUAUGGAUGCCUGGCCUCAGGAGCUGGCACCCAUUGGUCAUAAUCGGAUGUAUAACAUGGUCCCUUUCUUCCCUCCGGUGACUAAUGGGGAACUCUUUUUAACUGCAGACCAACUUGGCUACCGUUAUGCCAUUGAUCUGCCAGUUGAAGAAACUCCAGAUUGGACCACAACCCUCUCAGUGGUUAUGGGGAUGCUGGUGGUUUUGGCUGGUCUUUUUGCGCUGCUGCUUCUCCUUCAAUAUAGAAGACUUCGGAAAGGAUAUACACCCUUGAUUGAGACACAGUUAAGCAACAAGAGAUACACAGAAGAAGCCUAGAUGCGCACUCCUUACCUUAGAGGAGAGACUGGCCAAGCCAUAGUUCUGACCCUGACAAUGGGCAAAUGAAUCAGCACUGGUUUUCCUUUCACUGAAGAUCUUUGGCACAGCGCCUCCUGUUGCGGUGAUGAUCCCAAAUACGGAAGAUGCUUAACUGUCGUUUCUGGUUUGCUUGUUUACUUAACAAACAAGCUAAAAUGCUUAAGGGUAUCUCUACCAUCAAACGAGGUAGAGCUGAUGUCAAUUGGUGGUAUCUGGUCAUAAUUCCCCAUAUUGAUUAAGCCUCCUUGUGUUCUGAGAGCACCCCAAAAAAUCGAUAGAGUGGAUUC